AUGGAGUCUAGUCUCGACAGCGACGGCCAGCUUGGGGGCCACCAUGUCAAUCGACAUGAAAUCGCCAUGCCACCAACCGUCUUGGGGGCUCUCAUCCGCUGGAAUCCCGACUCCGUAUCUUUUGAGAACACUCGAGAUCCCCAAGGCGAUUUUGUCGCCUAUUAUGACCUCCCCUACGGCGUUGCGUACAUCACGAGAGGCCACCCCUGUGCGCUGGCGACCCUGGCGGCUCAAAUGGCGGCCCUACCGGCCAACGACCCGAAGGACCUCGCAGUUUCGCAGGCACCAGGACCAUCGUGCGACGCCGCCCCAGAGCGCUCGCAAAGCAGGCGGCACAAAUGGCGACCCAAUACGCCAAUGACCCGGCCGCUCGCCAGCUGGUGGUUACGAUCCCAAACCCGUUGA